AUGACCAUUUUCCCGCUCAACGCACUCGUGCAGUUGUACAACUUGUCACUCAUUCAAGAAGCUGGAAAAGGAGUGGCGACAUCCGUUGCCUUGGAACUGGACCGACGGGCACGAAAUGUCAUGGCGCUGGAACUCGACAAGCAAGCCAAAACGGCUCUCUUUGGUGCUGCCAACGCCGAUUCUAUGGAAGUGGGCGCUCUCUUCAAACAGGCCCUUCUCGAUGGCAUUAACAAGAAAGCAUACGACUUUGGAGAUAUUACCAAGAACCUUCUGGCGUCCUUUGAGAGUUGUGAAACUCCAAAAACCAAUUGGAGUGGUAGACCUCAAGAGCGAAGCCAUGGACUUGGAUCCCAAGUUGGAAAAGGAACUCGAGGCUCUGGACCAGGCGCUCAACGAAAAUAUCGACGAGGACGAGUAAUCAUUCUCUGAGUAAAAGUUAUCGAUAGUACUGUAGUCGCUCC